AUGGACUUGAUGAAUAAAUUUACAUUAUAAUUUAGGACUCCAGAUAUGGAAUUAAAAUAUUAAUAACAGUCGAUAUAAAAAUUACUUAAGCCUCUCUAUUAUGGUCUCCUUUCAAUGUCAUUAUUAUUAAAUACAAUUUACAUAAUUAAGGUAACAAUUAGAGAGUCUUUUUAACUACCAUUUAUUAAUAUAGGAUUUCUAGCAAUAUCACUACUUGGUUUUUAUGUGGUCUAUAAAAAAGAAACAUUAACAUAGAAAAUGAUGACUAUUGAAAAUGCUUAUGUCUUGUUUCUUUAGUUAAAUUUCACUGCGACUAAUAUACAUGGAUAAGAAUAUUAUUUAUAUGGAAGUAGCUAUUCUUUGAUAUAGGCAGUUACCUAUUUUGCAACAGAUUUUUAUUUGAGUUGCCCUUCUGUUAUAUUACAUUUGAUAUUUAGAUUUGUAGCGACUACUUUAUAUGCAGAUAGAUUUGAUUAUGUAGGAUUAGGUCUCACUCUAACUACUGCAAUAUUUUUAAUAAAUAUACUUUACAUAUGCAAUAGAGCAUAAAGAUAGCAAUUUUUAAUGAAUUUUAAAGAAGAUACUAUCAACUAUCAAUUACAAACUUUAAUCAAUAAACCUUUUACAAAAAUUUUUUAUAAUGAAAAGAAGCUGUAAAUUGAUGUGCAUUAGGUUAAUUAAGAACAUUAAUUUUUGGGUUAUAAUCAAGAUUUUUGUUUUGGGUGUAAUAUCAGAAAUUUUAUUAGAAAUUGUAAGAUUGCCGAUAGAGCAUUAGAGUAGUGGAUAAUUCAUGAUUAAACUAAUUUAAAGGAGAAUUGCAUUGCAAUCAUGUAAAGAACAAAAAUAAAAAUUCGACUUUGUUAAUUUAAUACCGAUAAUAGUUUGAUAUUAAUUUUAGAGAAUUUGAAGUUGGAUGCAAAAUAAAAAAAAGUUCCUUCAUUUGUAAGAAGUUAAUUAUUCGAAUAAUUUUUGAUAAGUAAGAAAACACUUUUUAAUUUGUAAUUUAAAUUCGGUGUAAUGUCAAUUUUAAUGUUAGGUCAAUAUAAAAUAAAGACGAUAAAUAUUGUAAAAUUAUUGAAUAAGUUUUUAAACAUGUAUGUUUUUUCUGGAAAAGUGAAUUUGAAUUUAAAUGGCAAUAAGAUCAUAAAAUUGAAAACUUAUGCUUAAUAUCUCAAAAUUUUCUUUAUUCAAGUUUUUAAUAUAAUUUAAGAUUUGGAGUACUCUUAAAAUAUUUUUAAUGAAAUAUGUGUUAAAAAUUUUGAUAAUUAUCUUUAAAUUGAGUUGAAACUAUCAAAUAAAAAUUAAUUUUUAUAAUUGUAUGAAAAGAAUUUCUUUAUACAGUAUACUGAAUAGCAUUUGUUAGUAACUCCAUUAAGUUUAGAUUUGAUAUUUUAUUUUAAUAAAUUGAUUCCAUUUGAUAUAACUAACUCUCAAUUAUGA